UUCCCCGGUCCCCACUCGAUCACAUUCUGGAACUCACUGGCGGCCCCCGACUAGGCACUCCCCGCCGCCACCGACGCCGUCGCGCGCCCGUCUCCCGUCCCCAACCGGCCGUCCCCAACAAGGCACUCCCACGCCGCCCCUCCCGCGUACCCGCCCGCCCAAUUUUUUCACCGUAGUUCGUGCAUAGUCUCCUCCGGCGCCACACCGCACUGCUCCGGAUCGGUGGAACCCUCGAACCGCACCGGCCGUCGCAGGCGUGCUAGGAAUGGAAUUCUUGAUGCUGUUCAGGAUGCUUUAUCCCGCGUCCUAGGACUAGGAGAGCCAGAGCCACUGCACUCGUCGUCUGCGGGAGAGGGGUCCUCUGGCUCGCAUUCAUUCGCGCCGUGGACGUCCUGUCGCGCCUCUGCCUUCUCCGCCGCGCCCCCGCCGUGUUCAUAUUCGCCAGAGCAUGAUGGUAAUAAAAUUGAUGAAAGUGUUGGUGGAGGUGCUUCCAUGACUUGCCAAGAAAGCGAUGAUCUAUCAAUAUUUAAGCUACUGUCGGUGGAUGAUUCAUAUCCUGACUCCAAAUCAUUUGACGGUUUGGACGAUGAGGACAUCGGUAACCCUUUUCUUACCGAUAGAUUUGGAAAUUUAACAAAUUGGAGGUUAAAUGAUUUGGAGGCAGCAUAUGAAAACCACCUUGAAGAUGAAGCAAGUAAACCAAGUAUAGAGAAGAAGAAAUAUUCUAAAGAAGAGAAGAUAAAGUUGGAUAAUGAUUGUAAGGAACAAUACAUGAAAUCUGCCUUACAGAAGUAUAAUAGUGAAGAAAACCUUGACGGGGAGUGCUUUGUCUUUGAUGAAAUCAAAGAAGUUGUUUUCAUUGUGGAAGGAGGUUUGGAUUUCUAUGAACACUACAACUUUACAGCUAAGCAGGGUGGUUCCACAAUUCUAUUUUUUGCUGAAGUGAUCCCAGAUGAUGGAGAAACUUGCGAUGUUCUCUGCUGCAAGCCUUUGGAUUGCAAUGACAAGGGACCCUGCUUUGGUUGUAAGAAUCAAGGUUCUGUGAGCUUGAGACAUCCAACUGGCGAAGGUCUGUAUGUUGGAUGUCAUGUGGAUUGUGAGUUCCCAUUUAUGUGGGAUAGUAUCAGUGAGGAUUCCGAUUGAGAGGGAUAACCUAGACGAUCAUAGAGAAUGUCUGAUGGUGGAGUUGGUCUUCAACUGCUUCUCAUUUUAAUAUCUGAUUUGAUGCAACUUUUAUUUGGAGGAGUCAUCUGAUAUGUUACAGUAGCUGUAGUUACUUUUAGUAUGAACUAGAAUAAUGGCCCGCAAGGGCAUCAUCUUCAGAAAAUUGUCAAUUAUCAAUCUUCAUGAUGUAUUUGUAUUUUAUAAAAUCGGCGUGGCCUGAACUGCAUUUCAUUGAGCCCACAGCCGGAUUUGAGGCUGAACUGGGGUACUUCCAAAUGGCCCUAAUCAAUAAUAACAUACAAUAUGUUUUUGGCACUUAUGGGGAGUUGAUGAUAUGAUUGAGGCAUAAGGAAUUAUUCA